AACAAAGAUGCCUAAAUUUCAAUGUCCCUUCCCGGACUGUCCAUACGAAACGGAAGACCUCAGUGAAUCCCUGGCUGCCGUGAUGUUGACUAUCCAUGCAAACGGGACACAUACCAGCACAGGGACCCCAAGUCAACAACACAAAACCGAGAAAAUUCGCCGCCCAACGUUGUCAACAGGGGGUUCAAGUGAGGAAUGGUCAUAUUUCCUUACACGCUGGCAAGACUAUGCUGACGCCACCAAAAUCACAGGUAAAGAAAAAGUUAUGCAGCUCCUUGAAUGCUGCGACGAACACCUACGAAAGGAUUUAACCCGAAGCGCUGGGGGCUCACUUGCUAGUAAACCCAUUGACGAAGUCAUGUCUGCUAUCAAAAAGCUCGCUGUACGAGAAGAAAACACAAUGGUGGCGCGAGUUGAGCUACACAAUAUGCAACAGGACAGGGAUGAACCAAUCCGCAGCUUUGGCGCCAGAUUAAGAGGGCAAGCAGGUGUUUGCAAAUUCACAGUGAAAUGCCAACAAUGCAAUGAAGAUGUAGACUACACAGAACACAUCAUACGCGAUGUAGUGACCCGCGGCCUAGCCGACCACGACAUCCAAUUAGACCUUCUGGGAGACAAGAACCAGAACAUGACAUUAGAAGACGUCUUCCAAUUUAUCGAAGCCAAAGAAGCCGGCAAACGCUCUGCUGGCCGACUCCUAGAAGCCCAAACAGCAAAUGCAGCUCGAAGCCAAUACCGUCGGACCAAACAAGAAAUAAAAAAUCGCCAACCAGAAAAAGGCGACAAAUGCCAUUACUGCGGCCAAUACGGACAUGGAAAACGUGCAUCACCAACAAUUCGUAAAACUAGAUGCCCUGCGUUCGGGAAAACCUGCGGACAUUGUGGUCGCCCAAAUCAUUUUGAUGCGGUAUGCCAACAAAAAGAAAAACCAAAGCGUCCCCCAAAAGUAACACCAAUCAACCCGUCUGCUGAUGCAGAAGGCGCGAUAUUUGACUCGCUGUGCACAACAUCCAACAUCCCUGCCACUACAAACAAAACACCCAUCGCGUUGGACCACCACCUGUACAACCACCUUAACGAUUGCUGGGUUCGUCAAGCUUCCAAACCACAACCUUUUGUCUCAAUUACAGCUACAAUAUACCCCGAAGAUUACAAAACCCUCGGACUUGCACCCCCAACCACCCGCUGUAAAGCCGUCGACAUACCAGCCAUGGCCGACACUGGAUGCCAAAGUUGUUUGGCAAGUUUGAAAAUCAUACAGCACCUCGGUUUGCGUGAGAAAGACCUCAUUCCCGUCACCAUGCGGAUGUACGCGGCGAAUAACAAUGGCAUCAACAUCCUCGGCGCCACUAUCCUCCGUCUCUCAGGCAAAUCGAAGUCUGGCGAAGCCUUGGCAACUCGACAGAUCACCUACGUGACAGACGACUCUGACAAGCUUUUCUUAAGCCGAGAAGCAUGCAUGGCCCUGGGAAUGAUCUCAAAUACCUUCCCCACAAUCGGAGAGACAUUAGCGCCACCCAAUAUGUCAGCCCACUCAUCCCAGGACAAUCCAAACCUUAACCAUGCGGUAUACGGCACACAUGCUGCAUCGUGCAACUGCCCAAAACGACAAAUGCCGCCGCAACGCCCAAAGAAAUUGCCAUACUCAGCCACUGAAGCCAACUGUCCACUGCUACAACAAUGGCUAUUGCACCACUAUGCCUCAAGCACAUUCAAUACCUGCGAACACCAGCCGUUACCACUCAUGCAGAGCCCACCAAUGCGACUCAUGGUGAACCCUGACGCUGUUCCGGUGGCACAUCACAAUCCCAUCCCAGUUCCCCUCCACUGGCAGAAUGAGGUUAAAGCUGGCCUAGAUCGUGAUGUUGAAUUGGGCGUUCUCGAACCUGUUCCUGUUGGUGAACCAGUUACAUGGUGCCAUCGCAUGGUCAUUUGUGCCAAGAAGAAUGGGAAACCACGCAGAACAGUCGAUUUCCAAGCACUAAACCUCCAUGCCACACGGGAAACACAUCACACACAAAGCCCCUUCCACCAGGCGAGAUCUGUACCCAGCGAUAAAAAGAAAACUGUGUUUGACUGUUGGAACGGAUACCACAGCGUCCCCCUCCACCCAGACGAUCGCCACCUAACAACAUUCAUCACACCUUGGGGUAGAUACCGCUACAAAACUGCCCCUCAAGGAUAUGUUGCAUCUGGGGACGGCUUUUCCAGACGCUUUGACGAAAUCGUUGCGGAUGUACCCAACAAAACCAAGUGCAUCGAUGACACAUUACUCUGGAGUGAUGAUAUUACUAGCAGCUUCUUCCAGGCAGUGGAUUGGCUCGACAUCUGCGGCAAAAACGGCAUCAUUUUAAAUCCCGAGAAGUUUGUUUUUUGUCAGGACACUGUCUCAUUUGCUGGCUUUGAGAUCACACCAGACAAUGUACGACCCUGCCAACAGUACCUAGAUGCUAUUCGCAAAUUCCCCAAGCCAAACAACAUCACGGACAUGCGCUCCUGGUUUGGGCUUAUUAAUCAAGUUUCCUACGCAUUUGCCUCAGCAGAACACAUGCUCCCCUUCAGAGAAGCCCUUAAACCUGGAUCAUCGUUCACUUGGACUGAAGAACUGAAUGAACUUUUUGAGGAAUCCAAGGCGGUUAUCAUCAGUGAAAUCGAGAAUGGUGUACGCAUAUAUGACAAAUCUAAACCUACUUGCUUAGCCACCGACUGGUCAAAGACUGGCAUCGGCUUUUGGUUAUUUCAAAAACACUGCAAUUGUGCCUCCACCAAACCAUUCUGUUGCCGCACUGGUUGGAAAAUAACCCUCGUAGGCAGCCGCUUCACCCAUGCUGCAGAGUCCAGAUAUGCCCCCAUAGAAGGAGAGGCCCUAGCUGUUGCCGACGCACUAGAUAAAGCUCGCUUCUUCGUUUUGGGCUGUGAGAAAUUGAUCGUCGCUGUUGAUCAUAAACCAUUACUGAAGGUCCUUGGUGACCGGUGCCUAGAAGAUAUCUCUAACGUACGGCUACGCAACCUGAAAGAGAAAACCCUCCGCUACCGCUUUCAAAUGAUCCACAUCCCCGGUAUCAAGCAUAAGGCCGCAGACGCAAUGUCACGACACCCAACCGGACCUCGUAACCCCGAAGCCCUUCCCAUCCCAGAUGAUGUUGCCACCAUGAACGAUUCAUGCAACACACUACCCCCUCCCUUCAUACCCUUCGGACACCCACUCCUUGCUGGCAUACGUUCUAAUACAUCCCACCCUACGUUAUUACCCCCUAACCUUGAAGACGAAACUCUUCCCUCAGUAGCAGCAUCAAUCCACACCAUGGCAAUAACCUGGGAUCGCGUGAAAGAAGCCACAGCCAGCGACAACAACAUGGAGAAACUCCUUUCCAUUAUUGCAACAGGCUUUCCCGCAUUCCGUCACCAACUCCCCAGUGAUCUACAAGAAUACUACCAAUUCCAUGACCACUUGCACACAAUCGAUGGUGUUAUCCUGUACAAAGAACGCAUUGUGAUACCACCCUCACUUCGACAUCAUGUCUUAUCCACACUCCACUCAGCCCACCAAGGUGUCACAUCCAUGACCUCCAGAGCCGAGUCGACAGUCUUUUGGCCCGGCAUCACCCCAGCCAUCCGAGCAUUACGAGAAUCAUGCAACCACUGUAAUAGAAUGGCACCAUCACAGCCCAGUGCUCCACCAUCAGCCACCACCCCACCUAGCUAUCCUUUUCAAUCGCUGUGUGCCGACUUCUUCCACUACAAAGGCAUGAACUACCUUGUGAUAGUCGACCGAUACUCUAACUGGCCGAUCAUAGAAAGAGCUCGCGAUGGAGCAAAAGGCCUCAUUGACUGCCUACGUCGUACCUUUAGCACCUUUGGUAUUCCAGACGACCUGGCAACUGACGGCGGACCCGAGUUCACCUCAGCAUUAACCCAACAGUUUUUAAAAAAUUGGGGCGUCCACCACCGUUUAUCCUCAGUUGCGUACCCCCACUCAAACUGCCGGGCAGAAGUUGGCGUAAAAACUGUAAAACGGCUCAUUACCAACAACACAAGCCCCAAUGGCAGCCUGGACACGGACAAUUUACAACGUGCCAUACUUCAAUACAGAAAUACACCUGACCCUGAAACAAAGCUCUCUCCCGCACAGUGUAUAUUUGGAAGACCAAUCAAGGAUUUUAUUCCUAUAUUGCCCGGACGAUACCAACCCCACCCCACCUGGAAAGACACAUUAGCUGCUCGUGAAGAAGCACUACGCAACAGACAUGUGCGAUCCGCUGAACGAUGGACCGAACAUACCAAAAGACUCCCUCCACUCGUUGUAGGUGACCACGUAAGAAUUCAAAAUCAGAUUGGCCCCCACCCAACCAAAUGGGAUAAAACCGGACGAGUCGCCGAAGUCCGCCAGUUUGACCAGUAUGUUGUACGUGUCGAUGGCUCUGGAAGAAUGAUCAUUCGUAACAGGAAAUUCCUCCGCAAAUUCAUCCCAGUACACCCACCACCACCACGACACACCAUCACAGACGACCUCCGAUACAAACCAAUUUCCCACCACAAACGUCUCCCAACUCCACCACAUACCCCAUCAAACUCUGACCCAACAGCUGGCCGAAUCCAACCGCAUACACCACCUUCCCCACCAGAGCCCCUACAACCCAGCACCCAGCCGCCAACCCCAACAAGUGAAAAACAACCCCUUGCCCUCCGUAGACUGAUGGACUUCAACAAGAAAGGACUCAAAGAACUGUGA